UGAAGAGACGAAGCCGAAGAGAGAGAAACUCGGGAACUGAGCUCACAAACCAUCUCAAGAACAACAAGAAGAAGCACCACCACCACCACCCACCAUUUUUAACUUCACCUCCUGAACUAGGGUUUCCAUUUCCAAAUGUUCGAAGCAAAUUAGGAUAACUACAGCUGAGAAAUCUCCAUUUUCUGGUACUGUGGGUCAGAGAACUCUAGAACUCAAUUAUUUUACCUGUUUGAUUCUUUUUCUAAAGGAAACACACAAGCAUGCAGACACCGAAAGCGAAAACUGGCUCCUCUGAAGUACCUCAAAAGAAAUCCCCUCGAACACCUCGAACUGCUCGUCAACUUAAGGUGCCAAGCUCGAAUCCUGAGUCCAUUUCCACUUCUCCUCUUGCUGCUAGCAAGACACCUAAAGAGAGAAGUCCUAGGGUGACUGACCGUAAAUCACCGCGAUGUCUGGCCACUGAGAGUAAAGGACCUAGCAAAGUGGCUGAAUUGGAAUCGCAGCUUUCUAAACUCCAGGAGGAACUGAAGAAGGCAAGUGACCAACUGAGCGCAUCUGAAUCACACAAGAGGGAAGCCCAACAGGAGGCAGAAGAAGCAAAGAAACAGCUAUCAGAAAUGUCUGCAAAGCUUGAAGAAUCCCAGCAGCAGGUGUUGGAGCUCUCUGCCUCCGAGGAAGAUCGCGUUCAAGAACUGCAUAAAAUUUCUCAAGACCGCGAUCAAGCCUGGCAGUCUGAGCUUGAGGCCGUGCAGAAGCAGCACACGAUGGAUGCUGCUGCAUUGGCCUCUGCCAUGAAUGAAGUCCAGAGGCUCAAGGCCCAGUUGGAGAUGGUAUCUGAAUCUGAGGCAACCCGGAGUAAUCUUGCAGAGUCUGCACAAGGCGAGAUUGAGUAUUUGAGAACACAACUCUCGGAGACUGUCUUCCUAGUCGAAAAACUGAAAGAUGAGCUGAGUUACUGCAAAGAAUCUGAAGCUCAAGCCCUUGAAGUUGCAAGGAAAAACCAAAAUCAAUUUGAAACAGCCAAGGCGGCUGUGGAAAAGCUCCAAUCAGAUGGAAUGAAAGCUAUUGAGUCUUACAACUCUUUAUCGGUGGAGUUGGAGCAAUCAAAAGCUCAGAUUCAAUCAUUGGAGGGACAGAUCAGCAUGAUUCAGAAAGGUCUGGUUGAUCCUAUGGGCAAUGAUUUGGAUCCCGCUGUCAAUGCAAAACCUGCUGAGGAAAACCAAGGAAGUGAUGAAAUCAAUCAGCUAAAAACCGAGCUUACCGCCAUGAAAAUGGAAGCAGAUAAAUCAAAAUCUGCAUUAGAUGCAGCUGAGACAAGGUACGAGGAGGAAUAUGUUCGUACAGCAUUGCAAAUUAGAAUUGCUCAUGAGCUUGUGGAACAAAUGAAAGUAGAGUCAUGUCGUAAAGAGGCAGAAUUGGAUGCAGAACUUAAGCAGGCCAGAGCGAAUAUCGAACAAUUGAGAGUAGACCUUAAUGAAAAGGAAACUCAAUUGUGUAGUGUUGUGGAGGAGAACAAGGCACUUAACUCAGAGACAAGCAAAAGCACAUCGGUCGACAGAGAGUCGAAACUUGCAACAGAACUAAAGAGGUUGGAGGCUGAUAUGAUGGAGUUGAAGACUAGACUGUUGGAUAAGGAGACAGAAUUGCAGAGUACAGCUGAGGAAAACGAAGCACUUAAGAAGGAAAUCGAAAAGAUGGAAAUGCAAACCAGUAAGAUUAACGACGACGCAGUCGCUUUGGCAGAAACAACCAAGGCUGCAGAAGAGGAAGCUUUGAUGAAACUGGGGCAUGCAACAGAAGAGGCAGAUAAAAGCAGCCGAAGAGCGGCCCGAGUUGCCGAGCAGUUGGAUGCUGCACAGGCUGCAAAUUCUGAAAUGGAGGCCGAGUUGAGGAGGCUAAAGGUGCAAGCAGACCAGUGGAGGAAAGCAGCCGAGGCUGCAGCUGCAAUUCUCUCAACUGGGAACAAUGGGAAGUUUGUUGAUAGAAUAGUUUCUUUGGAGAACAAUUAUCCUCUGGGCUCACCAUACUCGGAAGAUCUCGACGACGAAUCGCCAAAGAAGAAGAACGGAAACAUGUUGAAGAAGAUAGGAGUUUUGUGGAAGAAGAACCAGAAAUAAGUGGCUACUGAAUGAACUACUGAAGAUUAUUGUACGAAUGUCUGUUAGUAGAAUGUUUUAUGGUAUCUGCUAUUUAGUUUCCAAUGCCUUUUGAUUUGUUUUUAUGUUUGAAGACUCGGCUCUGGACAAUCUUGAUAAUGAUAUCAUCUGUAUCUGAUAUAUGCAGUGUAUAACUUUUUUCAAUA